GCAUCUCUUCAUUCGAGCAGCAACAUAAGUCGGUCGAUGGGCUGAGAGACCAGUUUAAUCAGCAGCUCAGGGAUACGCGCAGUUCAAUAUCACCAUGUCUUCGUCGCAGCCGACCUUAACGCCCGCCGAGCGCAUUCGCGAGUUGUCCGCAAUCAACGCCGACGUGCCCGCUCUACUGUCCAGCGCCGCAAAUGCUGUCAAUGCCUUGACCGACCGUCCAAUCAACGCAGCCUCUACCGACAGCGAUGACAUGGUUGAUGCUGAAAGCGACAACUCCCCAGCUGCUCACAAGGAAGCCUUUACCAAAAACACAACCGCCUACUUCACACACAUCCAAUCAAUCAUGGCUCGGCUACGUCGUCAAGCGUACGCCUUAGAAGAGGCAGGCAUCAUCGCUGCCGAGGCUCCCACACUUAGCAGUACAGGAGCAGCCCCCGAGACAGCCGGUCUGGCAAGACGGGGACCUCAAGGACAGCCACAAAGGCAGCCUGCCGAAGACGGUGAUCGCGUCACCAAUGGCGGUCUUGGAGGCUUGGAUGUCGGUCUGCUGAACUCGAGGGGCAACAGUGUCGGCCUGGACAAGGAGGCUGAACUCAUCGCUGAAGCCAAACAGAUGGUUGCCGACAUGUUGAAGGAAGGUCAAAGGAGCGCCUAGAAGGCAGCAAAGGACACGGCAGGAAUAAAGAGCAUUGAUGACACAACUAUACCCAUUCAUGAUACACCAUACACAAUCAUAAAACGCAUACCAAGACU